AUGAAUUUUUCGGACAUUCUCUGCAAUGAGGGUUUUUCUUUUGGUCAAUCAUAUACCAGCAAGAUGCCUGGCCCUAGUCUGGCUUUCUUUGGCUGCAUCCUCUCCUAUUCGCUCUUGCUUCUCCACUGUACUUCCCUCUCGCAAGACGGCCAAAUUCUGCUUCAAAUAAAAAAGGUAGAUUGGAGGGAUAGGCAUAACACUAAAGCUUUGAGCGACUGCAAUGAAUCUCACCAAAAUCCCGGUUCCUUCCCCCACGGUCUCUUUCGUUGCAAGCGUUUCAGGAAGCUCAAUUUGUCGGAAAACCAGUUCGCUGGAAGACUGCCCAGAGGUUCCUUCCUCCAUGGUCUCUUUCACUGCAAGCGUUUGCAGAAGCUCGACUUUUCGUCCAACGGGUUCGCUGGAAAGUUGCCCAGUCGUAUCUGUGAAUUGAGCGACUUGAGAGAGUUGAAGCUCGCUAAUAAUGUUUUCAGUGGCUCCAUUCCUCCAGCCUUCGGAAUGCUGCCAAAGCUGAAAGCUCUCUUCCUCAACAAAAAUAAAUUGAAUGGGAAAUUCAAUGUUCUCCAGAAUUUGAAGUCUCUGGCGAUCUUCUGGAUUGACAGUAAUCCACUGCUCCCUGGUGCGGUACCCAGAUGGAUUGGAGAUUCAAGGCAGCCGUGGCAGUUAGGGCUAGAGAACUGUAAACUUGUAGUCGGAAUCCCGUAUUUCUUCGGCAAUUUAACACAGCUGCAGAGGUUGUAUUUGUCGCACAACCGUCUAUGGGGUAACAUACCGACCAGUCUAAUGGAACUUUCGAGUUUGAAACAACUGGCUCUCAAUUACAAUAAUGUGUCUGGAGAAAUUCCUGACAAUAUUCAUCAACUGAGGAGCUUAACCACUUUGGAUCUUAGCCACAAUGGCUUGUCGGGACGCAUUCCUUCCGAAUUACAAUGGCCUUCGUUGGUGUUCGAUAUAUCCUACAAUAACUUAUCUGGACUUAUUCCUGACGUUUUAGACACAGACGCUUACAAGGAUUUCUUAUUACCCAACCCAAGGCUAUGCGAGAGUAAGGUGAUUGGAUCUGGAGGUGCCGAGAAAGUUUACAAGGUCAUUAUGCAGAACGGGCAAGCAAUAGCCAUAAGGAAGAUCUGGAACAGGGGCAAAGCAACAGGAAAUUUUAAGAGAAAUGGUGAGCAUGAAGAGAAUAAAAUUGGGGAAGUGGAGGUGGAUAUAUUGGGACUUAUCUGUCAUACCAACAUCUUCAAGCUUCUCUGUUUCAUUUCGAGUGAAGAGUCUGAUUUCAAGUUGUUAGUAUACGAGUUCAUGCCCAACGACAGCUUGUUCGACUCUCUACAUGGUAACGCUGGAAUAGAAAUGCCCUUGCAAUGGUCGAUGUGUUAUAAGAUUGCUCUUGGUGCUGCUCCGAUUGGUCGUGCAAAUGACUGGGCACAUCGGCCUUCAGGGUUCCAGCUGGAAGGGUUCCUGCCGGAAAGGGUUUCAGCCGGGAAUGUUCCGACUAGAUUCCUUCCGGCCAGAGCUGUCUAA